ACUGGAUUAAGCAUUACUGUGUUUUGGAGUUUGCUGUGUAUCAACAUUUUGUCUCAGGUGUAGGAGGUGCCGUUAUUCACAAUGAGGUUCAUAUUCUCAUUGUGUGUUUCAAUACUGCUACUGUAUGGUGAAAUAAUUGCUGGACAAUCAACAGAUGACCCCUGCUACAGCUACAAUGUGCUGGAUGAUCCUCGAAGAGCCACCAACAAUCAAUAUUCCUCUGAAAUAAUGUGUGACUGUGAGGUCAGCUGGAACGGCUGGUACCGUCUCUUCAUUCAGGGUCAGAGCGUUCAGAUGCCAGACACAUGUGUUGAUCAGGACAGCUGUGGCACUCAUGCUCCACUCUGGCUGAGAGGAGGACAUCCAGCAGUUGAGGAUGGAGAGGUCACUCGAGAUGUCUGCGGUCACUAUGACAAUGACUGCUGCUCUUUUCUGUCCAAUCCCAUUAAAGUCAAAGCCUGUCCAGGAGAUUAUUAUGUCUAUGAGUUUGUUAAACCAGCUUUCUGCUAUUUAGCAUAUUGUGCAGAUGUAACAAACAUCAACACUACAUAUACAAUUACGACUGUUGUUCCUCUUGUUGACCCCUGCAACAACUACAAUGUGCUAGAUGAUCCAUGGAGAGCCACCAACAAUCAAUAUACCUCUGAAAUAAUGUGUGACUGUGAAGUUAGCUGGAAUGGCUGGUACCGUCUCUUCAUUCAGGGUCAGAGCGUUCAGAUGCCAGACACAUGUGUUGAUGAGUACAGUUGUGGCACUCAUUCCCCACUCUGGCUGAAUGGAGGACAUCCAGUAGUUGAGGAUGGAGUGGUCACUCGAGAUGUCUGUGGUCAUUGGGACAAUAACUGCUGCUAUUUCAACUCCAAUCCCAUUAAAGUCAAAGCCUGUCCAGGCAAUUAUUUUGUUUAUGAGUUUGUGAAACCUGCUUUCUGCUCUUUGGCAUACUGCGCAGCUGUAGCGAACAUAAACACUACCUAUACUACUGUCACACCAAUGAAAACCUCAACAGCAGCCACUACAACAAUGGACUUUACUGGUAAUGUAUUGUGCUGAGUUGGAAUCUGUAGGAUUUAUUGCAUGUAUAGAUAAAUAGAUGGAUUUGUAAUUACUGCUUUCUAUUAAACUAGUUUGACACUGAAAUCUGUAAAAAAAAACAAAAAAAAAAACACUUUAAAUUUCCUAACAUUCAUUUUGCCAUUAAUUGUAAUAAUCCAGUGAGAUUUUUGUUUACACAAGGAGUCUGAAAACAGCCAGUGCUCUACACAGAGAUCUGAUCUCAUUAUGAUCCAGUCUGUCUGGAAUG